UCGCCCGCCCGCCCGCCCCCCGUGGCGAUCACCCUCCACCCUCCAUCCUCAGAGGGACAUGCUCCAGACGAGCCCGAGGAUCUCCUCCUCCUAUUCCUCCUCCUCCUCCUCCUGCUCCUCCAUCUGCGAACACUUUCCUUAAGAUCGCGCCUCUUUCGCCGGACUUUUUUUUGGGAUAUGCGCGGCGCACCGGCACGUUUUGUGCUCUCGAUCGCCGCCGCGUUUUUGUAGGAAGCCGCGCGUCUCCUCGGCGUCCGCUCCGCUCUGCGCGCACCCUGGACUACAACCGAGCGCCUCUGUCACUGUAGGAAAAUGGGCUGCUGCAGCGGGCGAUGCACGCUCAUCUUCCUGUGCACUUUGCAGCUGCUGGCAUCCCUAGAGCGACAGAUCUUCGAUUUCCUGGGAUACCAGUGGGUGCCCAUCCUCGGAAACUUCCUUCACAUAAUCAUCGUCAUCCUCGGCCUGUUUGGGACCAUUCAGUAUCGGUCGAAGUACAUUGUGGUGUAUUCCAUUUGGACCGCGCUCUGGGUCGCCUGGAAUGUGUUCCUUAUCUGCUUCUACUUGGAAGUGGGUGGUCUCUCUAAGGACACUGACCUCAUGACCUUCAACAUCUCCAUGCAUCGUUCCUGGUGGCGGGAACACGGUCCCGGCUGCGUACGGAGGGAAGUCCCGGCCCCCGCCUCCCGCACCCUGGAGGACCACACCUACAUCUCCGUCACCGGCUGCAUGCUGGAGUUCCAGUAUGUGGAAGUCAUGCAUUCCGCCCUCCAGAUACUAUUGGCUCUGGUUGGCUUCGUGUAUGCCUGCUACGUGAUCAGCGUCUUCACAGAGGAGGAGGACAGCUUUGACUUUAUAGGUGGACUUGAUUCAUACACCUACCACCACUGUCCGCAGAAAAGCUCCCGUGUCCAAUUAAAGCCCGUUUGUCUAUCGAAGUAAAUGAGGGGCGGACCACGGUCGCGACCAGAGAUGCCAAACGGAAGAGGAGACGCCCCUCUGUGUUUCGAGGUGCCGCGCGUGACACGGCGGGACGCGCGUGCCAGCGAGUGCGACAGGUGUUAGGGUGUGUGUAUGUGUACGUAUGCGUGUGUUUAGGUGCUCCUGCACCGCUGACCUUUGACCAAAUCGAUCAUUAGGAAACACUCAAUUAAAUAUUGCUUUUCUUUUUUCUUUUCUUCGAUUUGUGUACGAAGCAUAUUUGAAAGCAUGUAAACCAUAGCCUGUACAAGAGGGGCUUGUUGGCAAUACGUUGUGAGAAAAAAAAAAAAAAGCUUUAUUGUUUUUCAUCAUGUCUUUGUUGUACUGUUCCCAAAAGCAGAUCUGGCACUUAACACCGUGCGCAUUUUUUUUUUUAUUGUGUAUUACACCACGUUUAAUGAUGACUCUUCAACAGACAGCAGACUUAUGCUCGAUGUCUCCACACGUCACAUUUCAGUCCUAUAUGUCAAAAGCAAAACAAGUUCAUUUUAAAUAUCAAACAGCAGUCAUUAAGUGUAAAUGAAGGUGAUUGUGUAAAAGACAGUGUAAAAUUACUGUUGAAUAUAUCCAAAUAACUCCGGUGUGUUUCCAGUGUUCCAAAAGUUGUACGGAGGACUCGAUGAUUGUGUCUGACAACGGUAAAUCCAGGUGCCUCUGCAUUAAAUGCUUUGUUGAAAAUAAUUUUGAAUAUCGUCAACGGCAAAUAUGAAUGAUUUCAUCAUUUCUUUCCCCUGCCACAUAGGAAAAGUCACCAUGCAGGUUUCUUACGGACAGAUCUCAUUUUUUCUUUGUUCGACUGGCAUUUGUAGUAAAAGUGUGGAACCUACCUGUGGUGCACCGUAAUAUUUUAAAAUAUGCUUUCCCUUAUUUCUUUCUGGUCACUGAUGAACAGAACAAUGAGCAGAAUGCAAACAGGUGCUGAUGGGGAUGGAAGUGAUGAGUCGGUGAACCCCGGUUGUGUCAUAGAUUCACACUCUUACACAGACAAAAGUGUCUUAAGCGGACUUCCAGCGGGGUGCGUGUAUUUAUCAUAUGUGCGUGGCGUACCGUCCAACUUGUCGCGCUAUUCCUUAACACCGCACAGUGUUAAAAGCAAGUGCUCGGGGGCACUGAAAAGUCAUACUGAAUCGGCGAUAGUUUCAUCAUACUUUUUUUCCCCCAGUUCAGGUGGAAUAAAAAUGUCUUAUUUAAUUUUGCGUCGGUAGUAUAAACGCAGGUUAGGUUUUCAUUAAAUGAUUUGGAACCCAAAGGAUGUUAGAUGUCUGUUUGUUGAGAUGAUGUGUGAUGUAUAGCUGAUGGAUGAACAAAAGAAAACAAGACAAGGAAUCCAAGAUUAUUCAGAACAAAUUGAUUGUUCACAUGAAAUAAUAAUAACCAGUCUAGUGUAAAUUGUAUUCAUUAGCAGGCAGUCAGUCCCAUGGUACAAUAGAAGCGUACCGCCCCCUGCUGACUGAUAGCUUCAUCAGCAUAAUCAAUAGAUGGUUUUAUCCUCUGAGGUGUAGACUGUUGAGAAGCUUUUCUUUUUAUUAUUAUUUCUGGGGGAAGAUUCACAAGAGCAGCAGUUGUAAGGAGGGAGGGGAGUAAAUGUAUUACAUUUUCAUGCUAUUUCUUUUCCUUCAUCCUUCGCGAUAACAUAGUUGACAGAUGGAGCCUAGAUAAAGAAAAAGAUUUUUUUUUCAUCAUAGCCUUUGUACAAAAAUGUUUUUUGAUGUAAGUAAACUUGCUACCAGGUACAUGCAUGGAUAGGUUUUUUAGUGGCUGUGUAAUCACCCUCUUUUCUGUUAAAAAAUAAUAAUAAUAAUAAAAGUCCAUCCCUUAAACAAGGAUAGGUUUGUACACACAAGUGUAGUGUAUUUACUAAAGCCGGGCCAGUUCAAUGUGUACCGCAUGAAGCCCCCCCCCGAAAACUGGAAAUGCUCUAUAUAGCGAGACAAACGAACCCAUCCUCAUGUUGCAGAGCCCAGAGGCAUCGAAAAUCCUUCACCUCAUUUUCGGAGGAAGGCGAGCAGACGGUCGAGGGUCUCAGCCGAUGUCCUUUUUCGCCCCUUUUUUUUUUUUUUUAGCUGUCAGGUUCGAGGCUCGACGACAGCCUCCCUCUUCAUGCGCCAUUGUCCAUACCGCGACAACCGCCAACUUGACACUAACCGCAAUAAAGAAAUUCUUUCCUUUUUAUUUCAUUAUUGUUACAUAUAUCUAUAUAUAAUAUUUUUUUUUUCUCCCCCAUCACAGAAAGGAAUUGAUACCAGUUCAGGCAUUGUAAGUGUGGAAGUUUUAGUCUGUGGAUGUGUCUUUUUUCCUGUAGAAAUAAAAUGUAGACCUUUUUUGCACAUUUAAUUUUUAAUCUUGUGUAAAAUAUUCGCACUCUGUUACCGACAAGCAUUAUUCAUAGGAACACGAUGUAAAAACAACAAACGGAGCCGAUUCUUUUUCUUGUCGUACAGUGUAAAAAAAAAAAAAAAAAAAUUGUCGAUACAGGAAAUAGCUUGUCAGUUAUUAAUAAACUGUACAUUCAAGUAGCUGUCAUGACUCUGGAGUUUUCAUUUUCAGCGAGUGACUGGGUUCACAUUAAAUUCCGUGUAUCGGUAAUAAAAGAUGUUGCCGAUUCUGGGGAGGGAAAAAGAAUUUCUGCGUACGUUUCUCCGCAAGGCCCCUCUUUUCUAUUCGAUCUGUUCUCGUAACGUUAUUUUUGUCCUUAUUUUUCCCUUCUGCCCCAUUUUUGAAAGUGCAUCUUCUCACCUGCGCGAGUCCAAAAUAGGUUUC